UAACACCUUAUACUUUUUAUUAUUGCUGCUUUGUUGAAAAAUCAGACAAAAUAUUACGGUUGGUCUGGACGAGUUAGAAUAGAUAUAGAAAGGCUUUAGCUUGAAGCACCCUUUGCCUCUUGUCCACAACUCAAUUGAAGAUGGACUUUAGUUGGUUUUGCAGUCAAACUCAAUUAACCAUCUAGUUAAUCUUCAGGGGUUGGCCUAGUGGUGAAGGUUUGAGUUCUGAGAGUGUGCUCCUUUCAAGGUGUCAGGUUUGAAUCAUGCUAGGUGCAAACAAUUCCUGUGUUGGGCCAUGUUCAUACAAAGUUUUGCGCUGGCUUUAAACGGGGCCCCUGCAAGUAGAUGGUGGGAUUGGUCCCCUUAGAUUAGUCGGUCGCAAGGUCGGAUACCCAGAUUAAAAAAAAAAAUUAACCAUGUAGUUAACAUUAAUAGCCAGCCACCCAUAGUAAUGUAUUAGGAUACUCGGUCUGGGCCUUAGUCCAAUAAUAUAGCCCAAUAAUAAUGAAUUGGUUAAUCCGGCUUAUGAACCAAUUUCAUAGAUGGGAAAGGUAGUUAGUUAUAUAAGAACAUGUUUAGUUAGCAAGAAGGCAUUCAAUAUGAUUUCUAUUAAGAAUCUUUUGUGUGGGACAGAGAGAAUCAUCUCUUCUCUAGGAGCACUUGGUUGUAUUUCUGUUUUCACUAUUCCAUUAAUACAAUAAAUCUCUUCCAUCAAAUAUUUCUCUUAUACCUGUAAGCUCUGCUCUAUCAACUGGUCAAUUGGUCUGACCUGCCGUAUUAUCGGGGAGAGAGGUGCUAGUAUUCUUGUCAUUCAAGAUGAUUGCGGAAGAAGAACAGUUAGAAGAAGGAACGGUUGAGAGAAUUGAUGCAAUUUAAGUGAGAAUGGGAAGAUUGGAAGAAUCUUUCAAAUCCUUUAUGUUGAGGACAGAGAUGGCGAAGCAUAUGGGUCAUAUUCCCGCAGAGAAUCUUAGCUCUGAUUGGAGUGUAAUUCCGAUAACAAAUGCUAUGAAAGAGCACUGUGGGAUGGAGUUCCAAUCAGAUGCGAAGCCGGAAAAGGUAGAAGCAGUGGAGAAGAAGGAAACGAGUGUGUUGAACAAAGAUGUAAUCCUUGUGGCUGAGAAGCCAGAGAAGAAAAUCAAGCCACAAACUGUUUGGGUUUUAGAGUCACUGGCAUCACAUCUACAUCCGAUCCAAACCAAAGAGAAGCACGAAAAUCAGAUUUCGGGUUCUCUCACACUACCUCUGAAACCACCGGACACCGAUUCAUUUGUGAAGCACCUUCCAAAGCGAAAACCGCCGCCCAAGCCGCCGGAUCUGAGCGAAUUCGUGAGCAAAGAGAGAGGAGAGAUGACGAGCAUGGAGAAGAGAGGGGAGGUGAUAGCGAAACAACACUUAGAUGAAGAAUGUUUGGAUGUAUGUUGGGACUCAGUAUCUCACAUAGAAUUAGACAUUAUGUCGGAUGGAAAAAAGAAAAAGAAAAAACGGAAACAAAGAUCCUAUAGAUUUCUUCCCGCAAGUGAUACUAUAAAGAAAGAAACACACAAUAUGAAAAUGUAUUUCCUUGAUUUGGUAAAUAAUACAUGAGAAGUAUUUAUAGAAUACAAAGGACUGAACAAACUGAUCUUCCUUAAGAACUUCUAAUAGUUACAACAGAAAACAAACUAACAAAAACAGUUGCAAACUUAAGCAGUUGCAUAUCAAUAGAUUGGCCUAACAUUAAUCUUAAUUAGAGGUUUGUUGCUAACGCUUUGCUGUCUGGUUU